ACGUGUGAUAGGUCAAAGCAGUGCUGAUCUGAAGCGGCAGUCGGUCCAUCCGCAUGCUAUACAAAUCGUACGUAAUUACGUCACUUGCGUGACGCGGCAUCAGCAGGGACUUUCAUAAUUACGUAAGCACUUCGGAGACAGCAUCUCUCCGUAAUAACAAGUCGUAUUGAGGUUAAUUUGUGCCUUUUUCAAAAACAUGGAUUCAACACCCACAAAAGAGACAGAGAAGAACUGCGUCCUAUGCUGCCAAGAAGUCGAUAUCUUCGCUUUAGGAAAAUGUGAUCACCCGGUUUGUUACCGCUGCUCUACCAAAAUGAGAGUGCUGUGCGAGCAGAAAUACUGCGCCGUUUGCCGGGAGGAGCUCGACAAGGUGUUAUUUGUGAAAAAAUUGGAGGCCUUCUCCUCUCUGCCCUACCGUCAGUUCCCCUGUGAGAAGAAACAUGACAUCUACUUUGGAGAUGAAAAGAUCUAUGCAAAGUUCAGGCAUCUGCUGUUGUCAGAGUGUGUCCGCUGUUCAGAGCCAAAGGUCUUCUCCAGGUUUGAGGAGCUGGAGCAGCACAUGAGGAAGCAGCAUGAGGUCUUCUGUUGCAAGCUUUGCACAAAACAUCUCAAGAUCUUCUCACAUGAGCGGAAGUGGUACAACCGUAAGGAACUGGCACGGCACAGAGCGCACGGAGACCCAGAUGACACCAGUCACAAGGGACACCCGCUCUGCAAAUUCUGCGAUGACCGUUACCUUGAUAAUGACGAGCUACUGAAACACUUGCGCAGGGACCACUACUUCUGCCACUUCUGUGAUGCAGAUGGCUCUCAGGAAUACUACAGUGAUUACCAGUACUUGAGCGAGCACUUCAGAGAGCGCCAUUACCUGUGUGAGGAAGGCCGCUGUUCGACAGAACAGUUCACCCAUGCAUUCCGUUCUGAGAUUGACUACAAGGCCCACAAGGCUGCAGCACACAGCAAGAGCCGGGCAGAGGCUCGGCAGAACCGCCACAUUGACCUGCAAUUUAACUAUGCCCUGAGACAACAGAGGAGAAAUGAAGGUUGGAGGCCACGAAAUGGUCUGGUAUCAGGUGAGGACUAUGAGGAGGCGCGUCAUAAUCGGGGAGGAAGAGGGAGGCCCCCGGGGGGACAGAAGAGCUGGAGGUACACCCGAGAGGAUGAGGACAGACAGAUGGAAGCUGCUAUCAGGGCAUCCAUGGCGAUGCGUAGACAAGAGGAGAGAGCAGCAGUACAGGAGAGGAGUGCUCCCAAACACUGCAGAGAGGAGAGGAUGGAGAGAACAGAAGCUGAAGAGCCCAGGCCCAUCAAACCAGCAAGCAAACCCCCAGUAAGAACAAUGAAGAGCGCUAAUCCAGGGGAAGAAGAUGACUUUCCACUUUUGGGAGCCACAGCUGCCACAUCUAUUGUAAAGUCAGCCCCUGUGGUAGUUGCAGCACCUCGUGCUGCUCUGAGGGAAGAUGACUUCCCUAGCCUCUCGAAUGUUGCUGCUGCAUCCCCCAUGACUCCAGCCUACUCCACCCAACCGAAGAAGACUUCAUCUUUCCUGGAGGAGGAUUUCCCUGCUCUCGUGUCCAAAAUCCGGCCCCUCAAACCUGCAGCAGGCACCAAUUCUGCUUGGGUCAACAGUACGCCUGUAGCUAAACCCAUUGCAAAUCCUCCUCCUUCCUCCUCCAGACCUCCCCCUCCACAUUCAUCUGCAUCCUGUGGCCCCCAACUCCUGUCCUCCUCAUCAUCAUCUUCAUCUUCACGGAGGAGGAAAAAAGUAGGAGAGAAUGGCAAAGCAGCUUUUACCCAUUCUCCUCCAUCUUCAGAUGAUGAGAGUGGAGGGAUGACGCAGCAGGAGUUCCGCUCAGUGCCCACCAUGCUGGAUAUCUCCUCUCUGCUCACUGUUAAAGGAGGCAACAGCAGAUCCUCUACUGUGACCUCCAGCUUUUCAAAACCCACCCCCAGCACUGAUCUUCUUACCUCCAAAGCCAGCAAGAAGAAGAAACAGCAGAAGAACAUGGCUGCUCCCUCUACGACUGCAUCUUUGAUGUCGGGGAUGACGAGUGUAAAUGCAGCCUCUGUGGAAACGACAGCACAAAAGGAGAAUGUGCCUGAGAAAACUCGGAACAAACCUGUUUCCAGUGCCGUGACACUGGCGAGUGGACUGACUAAUGGUCUCCCUGAGAAACCACUACCCUUUACCAAGGAAGUGGAUGCAGUAACCAGUCAUCCCAGCACAGACCCCCCUCUUGAGCAGGACGAUGAGUUUCCUGCUCUCAUGAUUAAGAAACCACCACCAGGCUUCAGGACCUCCUUCCCGAUGAAGGCCUCAGCUCCUGCUCCAUCCGCUGCAAUUCCCCCACCUCCACCCGGCCUGGGAAUCCUGGCCCCUAAGCCUCCCCCUGGCUUCACUGGCAUCCCACUCAACAGCAAUGUGUUGGAGCCUGCUCCUUCUGCACUCAAUCCCCCCCCCAAGGUGGUCAGCACUGGUUACCUGGUGCCAGAGGACUUCCAGCAGAGGAACCUGGAGCUGACCCAGUCCAUUAGAAAGUACCUCCACAACGACGAGUCAAAGUUCGAGCAGUUCAAAAACUACUCUGCACAGUUCAGACAGGGUGUGAUAUCAGCAGCCCAGUAUCACCACAGCUGUAAGGACCUGCUCGGAGAUGAUUUUAACCGCAUCUUCAACGAGCUGCUGGUGCUGUUGCCGGACACUGGCAAGCAGCAGGAGCUGCUGACUGCCCAUGGAGACUGUAAGGCUCUGGAGAAACAGACCGGGCCCGGAGGAGGAAAGAAGAACAAGAAGAAUGUCUGGCAGAUGCCCACCACAGCAGCUAAUGUAGCCGCUGAGCUGGACUGCCAGGUAUGCCCCACUUGCAGACAGGUACUGGCCCUCAAAGACUUCAACUCCCACAAGACCCUGCAUAUGAGGGAGAGUGAUGAGUUCCCUUCCUUGCAGUCAAUUAGCCGUAUCAUCAGCUAGUCCCUCAUUUUGCCUCUUCUCCUUUUGCAAUUGUGGGGCAAAUUCUCUGUGUCCACUGCUGCAGCAGCCAGUGUGGAGAAUAGUAGCCUGUUUCCUGUUUGAGCACGUCUCACAGGAGCCUGGGGCCCGUGUUUUACAAUGAAGGUGAAUUUAAGAUGGUUUAUGGUGUUUACUUCCUGAUGAAGGUUCUAUUGAUAGGCUUCUGUGAAUGGUUUUUACGGCUUAGACACACGGGGUUGCCCCAGCUCAAGUCUUCUUUUUGAAAUCGUGUCCUUUGAGGAUGUCUCCCACUGGUACUGGCAACCAGAACUGUCAUUUAUUUAAUGGAGGAGGUUCGAGACAAGCUAAGGCUAUACUUGAAGAACGCUCUGCUCCCUAACACAAAUUUAUACUUAUUUACAUUUCAUUUUGUACCUUGAUUUAUGCUUUCACUGUACAACAUAAUGUCUUUUGUCAACAUCGGAGUUGAUGAAGUAUGUAUGAUUUCCCCAGAGGGGCUGCUUGGGUAAGAAUCAAAAUAAACACAAAUACGUUCAGUUUAA